AUGCCGAGCAAGCACUCGACGCAGCCGCAUGCAGAUUUGCUCGACACCGACGGGCAUCCUUCGCCCUUGCGUCGAGAAAGCGGAGUUGCUGCUUGCCUGCUCGACUGCUCGACUGCUCGACUGCUCGACUGCUCGCUCGCCUGCUCGCCUCUUUGCCUCCAUGCAGGUGCAGUCUGGAAACUCCGCAGAAAGAAGCAGGCAGGCAAGCUCGGGAAUGGCCAGGCCCCCGAAAAACUCCGCACUCCCGCGCUCACAAUCCAUGGAGCCCAUCCUGUUGUUUUCGGUGAGAAGUCGCUGAUGACGACUUGCAGCGUGCAUGAGGGCCAUCGCGAAUCCUGCCGACACCAAGUGCACUAA